GGUGCAAUGAGUAGCUAGGUUGUCGGUGAAGCUGCACCUGCUGACAGCUUACGCCACCCCUGCUGCCUGCCAUACCGACCGGGGUUGAACAUGUCCAACAAUGCUCUCCCGUCCUAAAUAAUGCCUCCCUUUGCUGCUCCCCCAACUCUUCUCCAUGUACUCGUCAACUUCAAUUACACAACAAAGACCAACCAAUCAUGCCCUCAGCCGCCUUCAACCCGGACACAGACAUUCCUGACUUGUCCGGCAAAGUCAUCCUGAUCACAGGAGGAACCGCCGGACUGGGAGCCCAGACGGCGCGCCAACUAGCCAAGCAUGGGCCGGCGCACAUCUACAUCAGCGGGCGCAACGCAUCCGGCGCCGACACAUUGAUCUCCCAAAUCCAAGAAAACACAACCACCACCACCACCAAAGCCACCCUAGUCACGUUCCUACCGUGCGACCUCGCAGAUCUCACCUCCGUACAACAAGCAGCCUCAACCUUCCUGGCCCAGGAAUCCCAUCUGGACGUGCUGAUGUGUAACGCGGGGAUAAUGGCCCGCCCGCCGGGCCUGACGACCGACGGUUACGAGAUCCAAUUCGGGACCAACCACCUUGGCCACGCCCUGCUCAUCCAGAAACUACUCCCGCGGCUGCAAGCCACCGCUGCCGAGGGCCACAACGUCCGCGUCAUCCUUCUAACCUCCCUGAGGUUCAAGAUGCACCCACCGGGCGGGAUCGCCUUCGACGCCCUCCGCACCACGCAGGAGUACCCGGCCUUCGCGGGCUGGAUCCGCUACGGGCAGAGCAAGCUGGCGAAUCUGCUGUACGCCCGCGAGCUGGCGCGGCGGUAUCCCGAGCUGACCAGCAUCUCGCUGACGCCCGGGGUAGUCAAUACAGGGCUCGUCGGGAACCUGGGGUGCUGGAACCGGGCGUUUGUGUGGGUGUCGAACUUGGGCCAGGUGAUGAAGCCCGCGGAAGGGGCUUACCAUCAGCUGUGGGCUGCGAAGACGGCCACGGCGCACUUGACGAAUGGAGGGUUCUACGAGCCUGUUGGGGUGCUCUCAUCCAAGCUGGAUAGUGCGGCCCAGCAUCAAGAGUUGGCGACGCGAUUGUGGGACUGGACAGAUGAGGCGUUGAGGCCGUUCUUGUGAUUUGUGCGCAGUGCUGGGGGGGAUUUUAACUGAAGUGGAUAGAAAGAUUCAAAGCGGAGCGCUUUGCUGUAGAGCUCGGGUGCGAUCGGGCAACGCUGCUUUAGUACUUACUUUGCCUACCCCGCCGUAGGCUAAGACGUGUUAGCUUCGCGUCUCAACGUUUCCAUUGUCUUGUUCUUCUACAGCUGCCCCAACUAGCUACCGGACCAUCGCACGAAGAACCCAUUCCCGCCUCCACUCCCUUGGCGCCUCUCGCAGCUUUGCCCGCUCAACGUCGCAACGUCCACCACGACCAACUUACGCACAAGUCCUCUACUAAUCACUUAGAAUCUCGAUCCCACGAAGGUGCAACCAAGUAAGGCUUUU